CCCAGUACAAUCAGACGUCAGUGGUCUGCGGCUGUUGGUUAGUUUGCUGCUGCUGCUGCUAGCUUUUGUUCGGGGUACAGUAGACUAGCUGUCGAUUUACUACUGGCACGACAGUACGCGGAGUAUAAACGACAUACAAACACCUCUUACCGUGAAGUGUGAGACGUUUUACAGCUCGACAGGGAGGCCAGCUUUGCAACACUAGACUGACAUCGUAGACUCAUCCACUUCCCAACCUUCCUUCGCCGCAACCAGUGGCCUCCUCCAGGCGUCAACAUGGCUUCAGUCGAUCUACUCUGGCAGCGCCACUGAGCACCACCCUGGACUACCACCAUGGAGAGAAAACGCAGAAAGAAAUAUAUCUAGCUGCAUAGGCUAUUUACAGUAUGGACUCAUUUUUGGAGAUGUGGACCUGAAAUGCUCCCUCUUUGAUUCAAGUUUCAGCUGCACACUUUCACGUGAAUCAGCACACUUGCUGCUGAAAUGGCUUAAAGGGCCUGCUCCAAACUGAUGGUCUGUGCUACUACACAAUUGGAAAUGCUCCUGUUACCUGUGUGGAUGUCCAUGCUUUUUGGGCUGCUGGUGGGCUUCAUGCCUGUUGUAGGGCUGGACCCAUCGGGAGGAAUUAAAUCUACCUCUGAGCAUGCCCCUGACUCCUACCCCCUCCCCUCGUCCGGUUCCAACUGCUCCCACUUAACCUUGAAGCUGGAGUUCUCCACCGAGGUUGUGGAACAUGAGUACAUUGUGGCAUUUACAGGGUAUUUCUCAGCCAAAGCUCGGAGCCUGUACAUAAGCAGCGCUCUGCGCAAUGCAGGGGACGGGACGCUGGAGUGGCACAUCGUUCCCAGAGAAAACCCAGCAUCCGACUUUCCCAGUGACUUUGAACUGGUUCAUAUCCUUCAAGCUUCGCCCAGCAGUCUGUUGAACCUAGAGGAUCAUCCCUACAUCAAGAGGGUGACACCACAACGCAAAGUGUUUCGGACUCUCAAGUACAUUCCCUCACCUGAACCUGCUGUACCCUGCAACACAUCCCACGCAGCACCAAAAUGGCAGUCAUGGCAAUCGUCUCGUCCUUUCAGGCGAACCAGCCUGUCACUGGCGUCAGGUUUCUGGCACGCCACUGGUCGCCACUCCAGCAGGCGUCUGCUGCGAGCUAUCCCUCGCCACGUGGCCCAGAUCCUGCAGGCCGAUGUACUCUGGCAGAUGGGACACACAGGCUCUGGUGUGAAGGUGGCAGUGUUUGAUACAGGCCUGAGUGAAAAACACCCACAUUUUAAGAAUGUAAAAGAGAGAACAAACUGGACUAAUGAAAAAACGCUGGAUGAUGGCCUGGGUCAUGGUACCUUUGUAGCAGGAGUAAUAGCCAGUAUGAGGGAGUGUCAAGGCUUUGCCCCCGACUCAGAGCUGCACAUCUUCAGAGUUUUUACUAAUAACCAGGUGUCAUACACCUCGUGGUUCCUGGACGCUUUCAACUACGCCAUUCUAAAGAAGAUUGACGUCCUCAACCUCAGCAUUGGUGGGCCAGACUUCAUGGACCACCCAUUUGUAGAUAAGGUGUGGGAGUUGACUGCUAACAAAGUCAUCAUGGUCUCUGCCAUUGGCAAUGAUGGACCUUUGUAUGGGACCCUGAACAACCCUGCAGACCAGAUGGACGUGAUCGGGGUUGGAGGCAUUGACUUUGAGGACAACAUCGCUAGGUUUUCCUCCAGAGGCAUGACCACGUGGGAGUUGCCAGGGGGUUAUGGCAGAGUAAAACCUGAUAUCGUCACCUAUGGGUCUGGGGUUCGUGGAUCAGGAAUGAAAGAAGGAUGCCGCUCUUUGUCUGGGACCAGUGUGGCUUCUCCUGUGGUGGCUGGAGCUGUCACCCUACUGGCCAGCACUGUCCUGAACCGGGAGUUAGUGAACCCCGCCUCCAUGAAACAAGCUCUGAUUGCCUCAGCUCGCCGACUACCAGGAGUCAACAUGUUUGAGCAGGGCCACGGGAAGCUAGACCUGAUCAGAGCCUACCAGAUCCUCAACAGCUACAGACCUCAGGCCAGUCUAUCUCCCAGUUACAUCGACCUUACUGAAUGUCCAUACAUGUGGCCUUACUGCUCUCAGCCUAUCUACUAUGGAGGAAUGCCAACUAUAGUCAACGUGACCAUUUUGAAUGGCAUGGGUGUCACCGGCAGGAUUGUUGACAAGCCCAUCUGGCAGCCAUACCUCCCCCAGAACGGUGACCACAUCGAUGUGGCUAUCUCCUAUUCACCCGUGCUGUGGCCGUGGGCUGGCUACCUGGCUGUGUCCAUCUCCGUGGCCAAAAAAGCAGCGUCGUGGGAAGGGAUAGCUCAAGGCCAUGUGAUGGUCACAGUGGCAUCACCUGCAGAGAAUGAUUCUGAAGUGGGUGGGGAGCUGACCUCUACAGUCAAACUGCCCAUCAAGGUGAAGAUCGUGCCGACACCCCCACGCAGCAAGAGGGUGCUGUGGGACCAGUACCACAAUCUGCGCUACCCGCCUGGGUACUUUCCCAGAGACAACCUCCGCAUGAAAAACGACCCACUGGACUGGAAUGGGGAUCACAUUCAUACAAACUUCAGGGACAUGUACCAGCACCUCAGGAGUAUGGGUUACUUUGUUGAGGUCCUGGGAGCUCCCAUCACCUGCUUUGAUGCCAGUCAGUAUGGCACACUGUUGAUGGUGGACAGUGAGGAGGAGUAUUUCCCUGAAGAAAUCACCAAGCUGAGGAGAGACAUUGAUAAUGGCUUGUCACUUAUUAUAUUCAGUGACUGGUACAACACCUCAGUUAUGAGGAAGGUCAAAUUCUAUGACGAAAACACCAGGCAGUGGUGGAUGCCAGACACAGGGGGCGCUAAUGUACCAGCUCUGAACGACCUGAUCUCAGUGUGGGGAAUGGCUUUCAGUGACGGACUAUAUGAGGGAGACUUCACCUUGGCUGAUCAUGACAUGUACUUUGCCUCGGGCUGCAGCAUUGCUCGAUUCCCAGAAAACGGAAUAGUCAUUGCCAAGAACCUAAAAGACCAAGGUUUGGAAGUGUUGAAGCAGGAGACAGCAGUGGUGGAAGGAGUUCCCAUCCUAGGGCUGUACCAAACACCAUCUGACGGUGGAGGGCGCAUCGCUCUGUACGGAGAUUCAAACUGCAUAGACGACAGCCACAGACAGAAAGAUUGUUUCUGGCUACUGGACGCUCUCCUUCAGUACACUUCCUACAGUAUGACACCUCCCAGCCUCAGCCACUCCCACAGCAGGGUGGCACCUCCUACAGGCACAGAGCACCCACUGCCACAGAGACUGGAAGGCAACCACCUGUACCGUUACUCCAAGGUUUUGGAGGCUCACCUGGGAGACCCUAAGCCCCGCCCACUACCAGCCUGCCCACACCUGUCCUGGGCAAAGCCACAGCCCGUGAAUGAGACCGCCCCCAGCAACCUUUGGAAGCACCAGAAACUUCUCUCAGUGGAUCUGGACAAAGUGGCCCUGCCUAAUAUGAAGGCGUAUCGUCCGCAGGUCAGACCUCUGUCUCCAGGCGAGAGUGGGGCCUGGGAUAUCCCUGGAGGGAUAAUGCCCGGUCGCUACAACCAAGAAGUGGGCCAGACCAUCCCUGUAUUUGCCUUCCUGGGAGCCAUGGUUGUCUUGUCCUUUUUUGUGGUGCAGCUCACCAAGGCCAGAAGCAAACCCAAACGCAGGAAACCUCGCAUCAAACGACCCACCUACCUCCAGCAGCAGCAGCAGACAACAACUGGGAAGAACCCCACAGUUUGACAGGGGUUGCAGCUUUGAACUGCUGCUGGAGACUGUGAUUAAUGGACAACUCGGGUUGAAAACAAACCCUGGAGAUUUGGAAUUACAUGGAGCCUAACGAACUGUUGAGACAGACGUCAGAUGUCUCUGAAAUGUGCCGGGGGCAUGAACAUACCUGAAUGCCAGGCAUCUGUUGGACACUGAAACAGUUUGGUGCCUCUGGUCUGUUCAUGGGUGUGAGUGGGUGUUUGUGUGUUUGUAGACUAAUGAACAACAUGAGACAGUGUUAAACACAUGAUGCAGAACACACUGCACACCUGACUCUAAGAAACUGCCUGUUGUCAAAACGUUCUUCUCUGUUCUUUGACCAAACAUUCUUUUUACGAAGGAAAUGUGUUCGCCUUUUGUAUUUAUUGAAUUUGUUCCUGCCCUAACAAACAUUUUCAGAAGAGCAUUACAUUACCACACACUUUCAGAAGUCAACAGCUGAUGUACACAAAGAUAGAAACGCAUCCCACACACAACUGUGCAGACAUUUCCAACAGUAGGACCAUUAUGGUGUUUAAAAACUUUCUGUUGUUUUUAUAUUUUCUAUGAUGAAUGAACAGCAUUCUGUCAAUAUCAUGCUUCAUGAUCUUGUGUCAACAAAGUAGCAUUCAAGUGUAUCAUCAAAUAAAAAAAGCAUCAUAAAAUUGA